AUGCUCCGACUUGCACAGGGUCUCUCUACGCCUCAACAACUCGCCCCGUGUGCCCUCGUUCGCGGGUCCGAUCGCGCUCGCAGCCGGUACGUCGCUCGACACCGCGACCACAGCGACCACCGCGACCACCGCGACCACCCAGCCCCAAGCGGCGGGAACACCGCGUCCCCGUGCGGCUGCAGCUCCACGCACGUCGGCUGACUCUUUUGGCGUCGAACUCACCGUACAGGUCUGCUCUCGGUCAUCUGCUUCUCCGAGCCGUUCUGGUGCGUUCAUCAUCUCACAUCGCAUCGUCGGAUCGUCGGGUCGUCGGAUCGUCGGGUCGUCGGAUCGUCGCCUGGUUCGCAUCGGGCUGCGGCGGGCAAACACUCGGCGCGCCGCCACACCCAACACCCGACGACGUCCGCGCCGGGCCGCGUCCCACCGAGCCACGAACUCCCGUCAUCUGUGCCGAGCGUCCACCGCUGACGUGCUCGGCUCAUCAUCAACCGCAGGCAAAACUUUUUCAUCCUCAAAUGCGAUACCCAGAACGUCACCAUGAAGGCCGGAGCUUGGGGUAUAUGCACAAAGCUGAGGGUCAGUCAAUCCGGACCUCGUCGUCACACCGACCGUUUUGCCCCACGUGGGCAUCGGACGACCUGUCAAAAGGACGAGGGCUGACACGGUGGCGCGUGUUCUACUACUACAGAACUCGACUGGAAUCGUCGGUCCUAUCGAAUGGGUUAGUUGAGCACCGCGCCCCGACCGAAACCGCCGCAUGCCCGAGAUUGACCCUGGAAACUGUCUGGCUCGUGACCCUCGCUCCGCAGUGCACAUCCAAGAAAUCAGGCUACAGUCUCAACUUUGUCACCAACUCCUCGGGCGUCAACAACUGGGUCAGUGCUCGGCCGCGCAUCUGACCAAGCCGUCAGAAUUUCGGCGGCUGAAAACUGCUCUCCACCACGUUCCCUCUCAGCCGACUUUCUUGCAAAACCCCAACGUCUCGACCCCCACUCCCAUCGAUGAGAACGUCUUGCUCGGAUUGGCUGGCAACGGAGGCAUCACCGUCUUGACCUCGGGCCAGACCAGCUUGAUGUGGCUUCAAGUCGUCAGUGAGUGCCGCCUGCCCCACCGCUGACCUCCUCUUCGCACCGUCUCACCCAAAUGUCCGCCACUCACGCCUUCCCGCGCACCGUAUUGACAAUUGAACAGCUGCCAUCUCGGUUGUCUCGACUGUUGCUUCGCUCGCCUGCCCGCCUUCCUACCUCGGCUCGCCCCAGUCGCGACUGUUUGCUUUCCAGAAAUCGGGUAUCCUCCCGAUCCUGCUCGCGCUCAUAACGUUCGUUCUGGCUGUCAUCACCUUCUUCAUCACCCUCUCCGUCUCGAUGUCGGGGAGGAAUCGAUUGAACGCGAUCGGGGGUGGUGUCAGCGCCGGAUUGGUCAGUCGGCAGGAUGCUUUUCCAUGCGUGCAGAAUUCUCUAAUUGACCCUGUCCUCUCCCUGCUGUCGCUUUCAUCCAGGGCAACACCAUCUGGUUCACACUGGCAUCCAGCAUCGUCAUGAUUCCUGCUAUUUGCUCCGUGGUGAGUACUGGGCUCGUCAUGGGCUCUACAGGUGUGAGAUCACGUGGGCUGAUAUCCUCCCGUCCGUCAGCUGAUGCGUUCGUCGCCGAACGAGUACCAAGAUCUGGUAAGUUGACCUACACGACAGGAGCAUCUUUGAUCAUUCUGGUUGACGAUCUCUUAUGUUCCUUUCGCAGUGA